AUGGAGUUAAGCGACUUCGACACGACAGUGUCCAACCUCAACGUCUAUCAAGGCGACACUAUUGAAGACGUCAUGAAUAUCCCGUUUACGACUGUCGUGGAUACUUCCAUACAAGACUUUGGCACACUAUACCCGCAUGACCAGGCAGAGCUGAGUGAGGACGAGCAGAUGAGCAAGUACCGCAGACUGAUGGAGGAGAAAUUGCGAGCGCAGGUGUCAGCGCAAGAAAUCGAAUCCAAAUCGGUGGCAACAGCAGAAGCAGCUGAGCUGUAUCCAGCUCAAGAUAGCUAUCAAGAUGGUGGAAGUGACGUCAAAGCCACUCAUGAUCCAUCCGCGGCUCAAGAACCCUCCAACGCAAAUGCCAACAAACCCUCACCUCCCACACCACCUCUGUCCCACACCCGUCGAGCCUCCGAGCCCAUUCUAUCUCCAAGUACCUCGUCAACCAUAGACACUCCAUUCAGCGCACCCUACACUACUCCCUCAAGCCCAACCCCCAGCCCACCUCCGCCAUCCAAGAACCGUCGAAACACAAACCCACGGAAAACCGACCAUCAGCGGCCCCACUACAAAGUUGAAGAAGAAGAAGCCCUAGUAGACCUCGAGCAAUACCGGACCAUGGAUCUAGCACCCUUGGAACCUAUCAUGCAAAGUAGCACUGCGGGCGAUUUAAUUACGCAUGGUACACCGAUCAAAGUGCGAGAUGUGGACAUUUUUCUCUCAGGAUAG